AUGGAAGAAUUCAUGAAUCCCUUCAGUGAGAUGUAUGCUUUCGCGGGUAAUUCCGGAGACGAUACUUCCAAUCGUUCAAAUGAUAGUCCGAACCCAAAGAAAACUUUAUCCGAUGCCUUAAGCGUUGAAAGCGCAUAUGGUACCUACAACAAACCCCCAAAGCUAAUGGCAAUCGAAGAAUAUAAUCGGUGGGCAAAAACAUUCGAAGAAUGGCUGAAAGCUUUCGCAUAUCAGAGCUGGAAGAACUUAAAGAACGGUUAUGCUUCAGAAAGACAAGAUUGUGAGAAUUUGUCAGAAGGAGAAGAAGUAGAGAACUAUAUAGCUGAACAAAAAUGCAUUGCUUUGGUUCACCAGUCCGUAAGAGACGACAUUAUUUCACUCAUUGAAUACACAAACGCAAAAGAUCUAUGGGAAAAGUUAAAUAAAAAAUGUGUAGGAAGUGCAGAAAUAAUCAAAAACAAAAAGAAAUUGCUGCGAAAGGAGUUUGAUUUGUUCGGAUGCUUAAAAGGUGAAUCUGUUUGUAAAAUGAUUGAAAGAUUUGGACACUUAAAGUUGGAAUUGGUGAGGCACGGAAUAAACUAUCCUCAAGAGGAGCUAGUUGACAAACUGUUCGAUUCACUACCAGAAGAGAUGGAUUGGCAGUACUAUGCACUGAUGUUAAAGAACACAAUCAAAGCUGAAAGUUUGACCGUCGACUUGCUGAUUGAAAGACUAGAAAGUCAUGAAUUGGAGAUAAAGAAAACACACAAAAUAAAUCAUUCAUCAUACCAACAAAACAUGGAGUUGUACUAUCUAAAGAGUAUGAUUCCCAAGAAUGUUUCUCCAAGAACUGCUUUCUCCGCUGAAAACACAAACACUUCAAGUAAAGAAAGUCCAAGUUCAAACAGUGGUUUUCAUGGAGGUUUUUCAGCCAAUACUCCAAGUCAGGGAUCUUCUUCAAAUUCUUCAAGUCAACAACAAUCUGUUCCUAAGAACGCGUUUUCUUGCAACAUUGCGAUAGAUUUGAAGAAUGCUCAAAAUUUUGAUGAGGAAUCGGCCAAACAGCAGAUGAUCUUUCUAGCAUCUGUGUUGGAGUCGUACGAAGGGUUAGUAGCCGGGAAGAUAGAAAACCCUUUCAGAGAUGAUUAUUACAAGAGAGCAAUCUAUCACCAGAAUAAAUCUGAGCCACCUAGAUUGAAGCAAGUUGAAGACAACAAAGAGAAGUCGAGAGCUCUUGCCAUGAUCCAUGAUGACGAAGGUUAUGAUUGGAGCGAGCUAUUGCCUGAAGAAGAUGCGGUGGGUUAUGCAUUCGUGACGAAGAUUAUUCCUUUUAAAGAUAUUAGAACUGAAGAAGAAAAACUCGUCAACCGAAGAAUGAAAGCCCAAACCAGAAUGAACAGAAUUUAUAACACUUACAAAGAAGCAAAAAGAGCAAAAAGGUGGGAUGCCGACAGAGAAUGUUACCUUGAUCCACAAGGAAACAUUGCAGUUAACCCAGAUUCCAUCAGUGUUGAUGCUCUUACACAACAAUUUGCCGAGGAAGAAGAAGCUAGACAAAGAGAAUGGUGGGGAGGUGGUGAAGAGAAACAAGUAGAGAAAGAUGAAAAGGUCAAAGAAGCAGAACAGAAGCCAAAGUCAAAGAAUGCUGAUGAUGGGAUCAUUGAUACAUCGCAAGAGCUAACAGCAGAAAACUUGAGGAAGAUGGCUGAAAAAGUUCUUGCAGCAAAAGAACUUGAGUGCAAAGUUUGUAGUACAAUCACUUACCUCAGUGGUAAGAAGAUUGAAGAGUUGACUAGUAAAGUCAAAAGUGUUGAAAAUCAAAUCUUAAACCGUGACAAAAUGCUGAAAGCUUCGAAUGAUAGAUCAAAAGAAUUAGCUGAUAAAAUUGAAAAUGAUAAAAAUGACAUUGAAAGAAUAAGAAAAGAAAAUGAAAAGUUGAUUCUUGAAAGUCGGGUUCUUAGAGUAAAAGAAGAGUUAAUUAACCAACAACUUGAUGAAAUUGCGAAAUUAAAGCUUCAGUUUGAAGAAGCUAAAAUUGAAAAUGAACGUAUUAAUCUGAAACUGAGCAGUUACAACUCUGCAAGCUUUGUUUUGCAACACAUUGUUCCAAAACCCAUUGGAAAAACCAAAGCUGGCGAAGAUGUAUACUGUGAUGGAACUGGAGUGGGGUUUCAUCAAGUUCCGCCACCUGUUCUAAACAAUUUUUCAAAGAAGCAAUCUGGGUUGGUUAAUGAUGAUAUUGAAACAAAUGAGAUAAAACUGCCAGAAUCAAUUGAUGUGACAUUUUCUUCAUCAUCAUCAUCCGAUGACAGUGUUCAAACUGAGAUCAUAAAAGGCAUGGCUGAAAGUGUCUUGGAUAGUGAUUCGACUGAAGAUGAAGAAUGUUUUCUGAACAAUUACAUUCCGAAACCAAAAUCUAAAAACAACUUAAAUGAUGAACCGGGUCUUUUGAUGUACAAGAUGUCUGGUUCUGAUAAGUUAUAUUCAGACUUUGAGUUUCCUCUGGAGAAUGUUAAUGUGAACAAAUUGAAGAAUGUUUUCAAACUGGUUGAAAUUGAUUUGUCUGAAGUGGACGGUUUGAAACAGACAAAGAGACAAACGAAUUUUGAGAAAGAUAAAGCUUACUAUAAGAAACCUGUUAUUCCACCACGUUUUUCUAACAACAAUCAAAAUAAAUGGUCGGGAGGAUAUCAGGGUGGUAAGAAUUAUCAGAAAAGGAAUGUUCAGAACAAGAAGUUUGCUGUGAAAAAGAUCAAAACUGAACCUGUUAAGAAUUCGGUAUCUAAAAAUGAUAAAUUUUACCAACGGGUUGCAUCACCUCAACAAACAUGGAAGCCAAAAGUUGUUGAAAAGAAAGAUGAUUCACCAAAGGUGUCUGAAACCGAAAAAUCAUCAUCUUCUACCAAGAAGAAGUAUGUACCCUUGAAGUUUUAUGAAAAACAAAAAUCGACUUCUGAAAAGAAGUAUGUGGUGAAGAAAAAUCAAUCAGUUGAUCAACCUCAAAAAGACGAAUUUUUCUUAUUCAAAGAGGUUGAAGUUGAAACUGUUGAAAGCCUUAAAAUGAAUGAUAAAAACUUUCCGCCACUUUACACUAAAACGACUCACCUUAAUUUCAAGUUACCCGAGUCAAAAGAGGCUUGGGUAGCAUCAAAAUCUCAUUAA